GCAGAGGCUUACCGCAGACCGGCCGGCCUCCCGUUUUAUGGUCUGUUUAGAUGUUUUGACAGCAAAAGUAGCAGGGGCUCGAGGAUGGCGGUGCUCAGAACUGUUGCAAAAGGAGUUGGUGUUGUGGCAACGAUGUCAACAGUCAUGGUUGCUUAUGACAUUUACCAUCAACGCAAAUCUACUCUCCACACUGUGAACAGUCUAAUCAGACAGUACGUCAUUAAUAAACUUAUCGCCGUCAUUGGUUCUCGGAUGCGUAAACGACUCGAAGAUGACUCCAAGAAAUGUCGGGCUGUUCAAGACGAAAUUCUCCUAGCUCGAGUUAAAGAGGCAUCCAAUCUGGUCUACGGGAAAGAAUUUGAUUUUGGUGACGUCGUGGACAGAAAGGAUUUUCGCUUGAAGCACCCCUUGACAAAAUACGACCACUUCAAGCCAUACAUAGAGCGCAUUGCAGCUGGCGAGGGCGGGAUUCUCACCAAAGACCGGCCCAUCAUCCUCGGUGUUACGUCAGGAACGUCCGGAAAGAGCAGCAUCAUCCCAAUGACCAAAGGGCAAUCUUUAGCAUUUUUCACUCAGGGUAUAUCUGUUUUAUACAACGCCAUGAACACUGCUUACCCGGAAACAAACAACCUUCAGAAGAUCCUUAAGUUCUUCUACACACCGAAGUCUCGCAUCUCGGCUGGCGGCAUACCAGUCGGUCCGAAUUCCUCCUCCCCCAAAUCCACGCAGGGUCUUCUCCCACUCUACACCACCCCCCUCACCGGUUACGAAAUCAUGAGUGAGCCAGAGGCACUUUACGUUCACCUUUUAUUCGGUUUAAUGGACAGAAAUCUGGGAAUGAUCGAGGCAAACUUUGCGUCUCUCAUACACACAGCUUUCGUCGAGCUGGAACGUAAAUGGCCGAGCUUAGUUCGAGACAUCGAGAUGGGGUACAUCUGCCCCAGUCUUGACAUCGACGAUGGGAUCCGACAAAGUCUUAAUAAGAUGAUGAAAUCGGACAAAGCCAGAGCGGAGGAGCUGAGGAGAGAGUUCAAGAAGGGCUUCAAAGGAAUUGCUAAGAGGAUUUGGCCUCAUUUAAACAUCUUGGCAGCUGUCGAUUCUGGACCGUUUCAGAUGUAUGGGAAGUUACUGAGUGAACACUAUACAGAAGGGGUACCUACAUAUUCUGCAUUGUACGCUGCAACAGAAGGUUUAAUUGGUGUCAAUAUGUGGCCUAAGAGUGACAAGAGAAGGUACAUGCUGGCACCAAGAAGCAUGUUCUUUGAAUUCAUUCCUGUAGAUAAGAUCUUUGAGGAUCAACCCGAUACCCUGUUCAUAGAUCAGGUGAAGAGAGACUCUGUCUAUGAGUUGGUUAUUACCAAUGCUGGAGGACUGUACAGAUUCCGCUUUGGUGAUGUCGUCAAGGUCGUCGACUUCUACAAUCAAUGUCCGGUUAUUGAACUUAUGUACAGGAAAGGUCAAUAUCUAAAUGUGAGAGGAGAGAAGACUUCUGAGGACAUCUUGUACAAAGCUCUAACGGACACAGUGGAUGGAUUCAAAGGUGUAUCACUCGUUGAUUACUCAUGCGCUGAAAGCCCUCUGCUGGAAAACCAAGACAAAGUUGAUGAUUUGUUCCCGCACUACGUGGUUUUCCUGGAACUUACAAAGGACAUUGACCCUAAGGCUCCUGUUCAAUUGACCGAAGAGCAAAAACUACAGCUGGAUAAGAAUCUACGAGAGCAUUCCUUCAUCUACAAUUCCUUCCGUGAGAAAGGGAGCAUCUCUUGUGCCAAGGUUCACGUGGUGAGGCGAGGCUGCUUCAAACGUCUCAAGAGGUUCUCGCUGAAGACGAGGAGCGUCUCGGUCAACCAGUUCAAGGUGCCCAGGGUCAUAAGACGACCAGAGACGGCUCAGUUCUUGUUUAAUAACAUCGAGUGAUUAAAGUAAGUGUUGUGUACUGAGGCUACCUGGGAUGCAAACCUGCCAACCUUGAGGAAUGAGAAAGAGGAAUCAAGCAAAAUCAAGCAAAAUCAUGUGAUUCUUACUAAAAGUAUGCACACUGAAUGUGCACCCUAAAAAAAAAGUAAAACCAUUGUCCGGAUUUUGGGCCAGCAUUACGAACGUUAAAAGGCUUUAAAAAAUAAACUGCAGCUAAGACAAAACACUCACAGAAACAUUGGCUACAAUUCUUACAUUGUAACAAUGUGUUGUGCAUCCUCAUUUUCAAGAUAUUUUUGUAGCAUUCCUUAGAGUAAUUCCACAAGCGCGAUGCGUCCCUCGUCGGACCAUGGUCGGACUGCUGCCAGAUUAUCAUAAUUAUUUUUUAUAUAUUUCUGGUAAUGAAACCAAUGAUGACUCAUGAGUCAUUGAAAACGUGAGGAAACUAGUAAAGAGUGUUCGCUACAUGUAUUUGAACCAGAGAUAUCAGGGUUAUAACCCCUACUAUUCCACACUAACUGCCCUGAAUCGGAUUCCAACUCAAACCCUGCUGAUCCGAAACACCAGAGGUUGAAUCUUUUGUUCUCAAUCGUCAGGGACGAAACGCAAAAUUAAAACUGCCAGUUAAAAAAUCUAACAACAUUAUUUCAAAAUAUUUAUACAAAACGACAGAAUUAUAAUUUGAUACUUAAACAAUUUUGUCAUUUAAUUAUUUCAUUCAGAUCAUGAUAAACUAUUUUUGUAUAAUGAUAAUUGUCUUAAACACAAAAUGUUGUUAAAUACAGUCAGUACGGCCCACCAGUAUCCAUACUUGUGCCUCACAAAACCACCCUACAGUUGCAUCCUACCCAUAGGAAAGUACUAUCACAUGUGACGCCCCAUGUCGAAACCAAUCAUUUCCUGCCCAAAACUCAUAACUGGGUUAUUUUGCUUGUUCAGUAGACAAAAAUAACCAUAACCAGUUUUAAUAGGGCUUUUCACACCAAAGGGCUUCUCAAAGCGCUUCCAACAUUAUUACCCUGGUCACUGGGCCUUAAAUCAUUCCUCAAACCAUCUCAGCUCCCUGGGGAGUAUACAGCCUGUGUGACAAUUAUAACGUGCUACUCGGCUAAAUCAAUUACAAAGACCAUUUCUGCCCUCACAGUUACCCAUUAACCCCUGGGUGGUGAGAAGCAAUUGUAGUUAAGUGUCCUGCAGCCGAUUUCACGAAGCGCUAGGAUUAAUCCUAUCUCGAGUUGGGA